AUGGGUUCUGUUGAUAAAACUUUAUUUCUCCUCAAGCAAGGCACUGACACUCUUUUGGUUCAGAUAUACGUGGAUGAUAUCAUUUUCGGUGGCUCUUCUCAUGCACUUGUUGGCAAGUUUGCAGAAACUAUGAGCAGGGAAUUUGAGAUGAGCAUGAUGGGCGAGUUGACGUUCUUUCUUGGUUUGCAAAUCAAGCAAACUAGAGAAGGGACGUUUGUGCACCAAGGCAAGUACACCAAGGACGUACUCAAGAAAUUUGAUAUGGGCGAGGCCAAGCCUCUCUCGACGCCCAUGUCGAUCACGACGGCCCUAGAUGCAGAUGAAGAAGGAGAAGCUGUGGACCAGAAGGAGUACCGUAGCAUGAUCGGGUCACUGCUGUACCUGACGGCGAUAAGACCGGACAUCAAGUUCGCGGUCUGUCUGUGUGCACGCUUUCAGUCUUCGCCGCGCACAUCUCAUCGUCAAGCCGUCAAGCGGAUCUUGAGGUUGGAGAGCAACUCUUCCAUCUGA